AUGGGCAAGGAUUAUGAUGGACGUUGCAGACUUUAUGGUAGAGGAGUUACUAGGAAGAUGUUGAAGAAGGUCAGUGGUGCACCGACGUCGCCAUAUAUGGUAUCUGAGGAGGUCUUUGAGUCUCUAAGAAGUACCACUGAGAUUGAACAAAGAUAUAAGAGAGAUAAGGCAGAAUUAGAGCACUUGCAAAAAGAAAUUGAAGCUAAUAAUGAAAGGCAAAGGUUGGAACUAGAAAAGAUGCGAAGGGACAUUGACCUUCAACGUGACAAAAUUGUUGAAGAUAUAGUCCAGAAGGAAAAUGCAAGAAUAGAAACAGCAUGGUCAUUUCUAGAAGCGUUGAAGAUGCAAAACAAAUGGAACAAGCAAUUGGUGAAUGCUUGUGCAGUUGAGACCACAAAUGCUAUUCUAGCUGAUCUUGGAGAUAGGUGGUUCACUUUAAUACUUGAUGAGGCUCGUGAUUGUUCAGUGAAAGAGAAAAUGGUAGUUGUUAUUAGAUAUGUGAACAAAUAUGGAGAGGUGAUUGAACGAUUUAUGGUCGUAGUUCAUGUUGCAACAACUAUAGCUGCUUGUUUGAAGGAGGCAAUCGACUCUUUAUUUGCUAAUUAUGGUUUGUCAGUGGUGAGAUUGAGGGGUCAAGGAUAUGAUGGUGCUUCAAAUAUGUCUGGAGAAUUUAAUGGCUUAAAGUCACUGAUAAUGAAAGAAAAUCCGUAUGCAUUGGCCGACAAACUUCGACAACUUGAACAUGACAGAAAAGUUAAACUUCUUGAAAGAGGAGAGAUUAGUUCUGGUAGAGGACUAAACCAAGAAACUAGUCUAGCUAGACCUAGAGAUACACGAUGGGGGUCUCAUCAUUCAACUUUAUGUCGUAUUGAACAAAUGUGGCCAUCUGUUAUAGAGGUUCUUCAAAAUUUAAUUGAUGAUGGUGAUCGUUCUUCUAAGAGUUUAAGUAGAACUUUGGUUGAAAGAAUGGAGAGGAACUCGUUCUCUAGAUUUGAUGUACAGAAGUUAGUGCGUCUGGCUCAUUUUUAUGAGGAUGAUUUUUCUUGGAAUGAGCGUAUGUUGGUUGAACAAGAGCUUGAAACAUAUAUUGAUGACAUCAGAUCAGAUGAAUGGUUUGAAGUUGCUACUGCAACCGUUGAAAGAGUGUUUUCGGCAAUGAAUAUUGUCAAAACAGAUUUGCGAAAUAGGAUUGGAGAUGAAUGGAUGAAUGAUAGUUCAGUAGUCUAUAUCGAGAAAGAUGUUUUUAAUACUGUCGACAAUGAGCCAAUUUUACAGCGUUUUCAGAACAUGGAGUCUCGAAGAAUGCAAUUGUCACGUAUUCGUUAG